UUGAUAUGCUCAAACUGCUAUACAAAUAAGACACCUCUGUGGCGUAGAGAUGAUGACGGGGCAUCGCUGUGCAAUGCCUGUGGCCUUUAUCUCAAACUUCACAAUGAACGACGACCAAUGUCAAUGAAGACAGACACAAUUAAGAAAAGACAACGAUACGAAGGUGGUCAUCUGAAUAAGAAACACCCCAAAAAGCCCAGACCAACUCUUCCACCUACAUGUUCUCCAAAGUCACAUCGUGUUCCCAAGCCGUUUUCUCCUAGUCCAUCUCCCCAACUAAUGGAUAUCGGACGGUCUUACUACUACCAGCCACCACCAGAUCCAAAUUUCAGUCUAUCGAAUGCCCAGAAUGUCUAUCAAUCCUAUGCGUCUUCAUUUGUAAUGGAGAACGGCACAGCUAGAACGAACAACAAUCUGGAAAUCAACAUACCGCAUUUUUGA